GGCCUUAGGGUUUUUUGUGCUCUUCAGAGGCGGCUUGGUCUCUCCUGCCCCUCUUUCCCGUUCUGUUCAUCAGGGUUCUGCUACGGUCCAUUUCCAUGGCGGCUUCUGAUGUCGAGUACCGCUGCUUCGUCGGCGGCCUUGCCUGGUCCACCGAUGACGUCUCCCUCGAGCGAGCCUUCAGUGCUUACGGCGAGAUCGUCGAUUCCAAGAUCAUCAACGACCGGGAGACGGGGAGGUCGAGGGGCUUCGGGUUCGUCACCUUCCGGGACGAGCAAUCGAUGAGGGAUGCCAUCGAGGGGAUGAACGGUCAGAUCCUUGACGGGAGAAGUAUCACGGUCAACGAAGCCCAGAACCGCCGAAACGGCGGCGGAGGCGGAGGCUUCCGUAGCGGCGGAGGCGGUGGGUACGGCGGUGGUGGGUACGGCGGUGGCGGUGGCGGUCGCCGUGACGGAGGUGGGUACAGCCGAGGUGGCGGCGGAGGUGGUUACGGGCGAGAACGCGGUUAUGGCGACGGCGGUUCCCGCUUCUCGAGGGGCGGUGACGACGGCAACUGGAGGAACUGAGGCGUUCGUUUGCGCCGGUGAAUUAGCCGGGCUUUACUGGGCUUGGUAGUUAUCUAGAUCGUAGACUUAGUUAUCUUAGUAGCAAGACUUUGCUAUGGUGUUCGAUUUCUUAUGGCUCGCGUUGUUUUUGAUCCUGUAACGGUGUGUCUUGGUGUUCGCAGUUCUGUGAUUUUGCUAUAUGGUAUUUGAAAAGAAAAGGCCAAAAGAAAAGCCUUUUAAAA